UUCACGUUUUGCUAGCCUAAAUAACCGUUUCCUUUAACCUCAGAAACACACAAUGUUGUGUGAAAAUAAAAUCAAGAUUUAACGCUCUUCCUUCUUGUUAACGGAUCCUAAACCGCCCAUGAUCCCACACUCCUACCCUACCCCCCUACGCCACCCUAACACCUCAACCCUCUAUAUAUCUUCAUUUUUACACACAAAGACACCAAGACUCACUAUCUCUCUUUCUCCCUCUAGAAAUGUUUGACCAAAUGAUGCUACACUACCCACAAAGGCCAAUGGAAAAUAGGUGGAAACCUAGUGUCGAAAUUGCACCAAAUUGUCCAAGAUGUGCCUCAUCCAACACCAAGUUCUGCUACUAUAACAACUAUAGCUUAUCACAACCUAGGUAUUUUUGUAAAGGUUGUAGGAGGUAUUGGACGAAAGGCGGGUCGCUUCGGAACGUUCCAGUUGGCGGCGGAUGUCGAAAGAACAGACGAUCACGAUCCGCCAGAUCUCCCCAAACGGGGAGUGGUAGCUUGGGUUAUGUUAAUAACCCUAGCUUUAGUGGUGACUCAACUAAUGAGUCAACCGAACGAGCUAAUAUUGAUCUUGCUGAUGUGUUUGCUAAGUUUUUAAAUCAAAAUUCAGAUCAACCAAACCAGGAGGUUGUGGGCGAUAAUUCGUCAAGUGGGAAUGGUGAUUCUUCAAGUGGCAAUGAGGCGCCGUUAUGUGAUUUCAAUGAGGAAUUCGAGCUACGGAACAUGGUGAUUCCAUCGUUUUCAAGUGAAGAUAACCACAUUGACGAAUUCAUAACUCAAAACACCAACCUUAUUGAGCUACAAGACAUGCUUAACGAAGAAUUACCACAAGAUAUAUAUUGGAGCGAUGACACUACUACACUUCCAGGUCUCACAUGGCAACAUGAUUUCGAGCCAUUCAUAUGCAACAACAACGAUUUUAACAUCUCUACCGACGUAGUUACUGAGGAUUGGAGCUCAACAUCGUUGGAUCUACCAUCGGUCGGAAAGUUUUUCCAGAGCUUUUAAAUUAAUUCUCAUAAUUAAUCAUCAAUUUUUUGUCAUAAGUUUAUUAGGAAAAAAUGUUUGUCUUGGAAGUUAAAUGUCACAUUCCAAGAAAACUAUACAUACACACAUUUAUACAUAUGGAGCUAUUAAACACAGCAUAUAUAUACAAUAAAAUCAUUUAAUUUUAUUC